AUGAACCCCUAUUUAAAGACUUUUGUCGUCUCAAUUGGAAUGAUGACAGACGCUUACGAGAUCUUCCUGAUGAACAUCUGUUACGUCAUUAUAAAGACCAUAUACGGCGAAACACCGUACUCCUCGAUGUUGUCGUCAACGGUCCUCUUAGGGAUGGCUAUGGGGCAACUGAUGUUUGGUAUCUUAGGCGAUGCCAUUGGUAAGAAACUGAUGUUUAUCACUACGCUGAUGAUCCUCAUAGUCUUUUCUAUAGCGCAGGCGUUUUCGUUUGAAGUCCCCGAUGACGCGGGCCCUUAUAUCAUUCUUGCAACUAUUCGAUUUGUUUUAGGGUUGGGGAUAGGUGGGGAGUACCCCCUGUCCUCCUCCAUAGCUUCCGAAGAUGCCAAACCCAAUAACAGAGGAAGAAAAUUAGUCUUCAUUUUCUCUAUGCAGGGUAUCGGAAACAUUUUGGCGCCAACUAUAGUCCUCAUUUUGUUGGUAACACCACUUGACUUGGAUUUAGUCUGGAGAGUUGCUUUAGCACUUGGUGCAGUCCCAUGUAUCCUCACCUUAUAUCACAGAAUUAUAAUGCCGAUGCCAAAGAAGAAAGUAGCUGCAAAGACUACGAAGAGUGAGGUGAAGCGACUGAUUAAGAAGAAUUGGUAUUACUUAUUUGGGACCGCCGGGUGUUGGUUCUUUUUUGAUAUUGCGUUCUAUGGCAACUCGAUGUUUAAUUCCACGGUACUACAAGUCAUUGGAUUUGGACCGAAAGACACAGACAGUGAUCCCCGGCAAGGGCUUAUCUCCACUGCUAUUGGAAAUUUGAUAUUAGUCUUAAUAGCAUUUCCUGGCUUCAUAGUCAGUUUCUUAUUAGUCGAUCGGAUAGGAAGAAAGCCAUUACAGUUGUUUGGAUUUGCUGGGACAGCAGUUUGUUUCUUCUUUAUGGCGUUCUUCGAGAGUAUAGUGUUGGACAACGUCCCCUAUCUCUUCGUCGCUGUUUAUGGCCUUUCAUUUUUCUUCCAAAAUAUGGGGCCUAACACAACAACUUAUAUCAAUGCCGCAGAAACAUAUGACCCACGAAUUCGUGGGACUUUUAAUGGACUCUCCGCGUCUUCGGGGAAAAUAGGUGCUAUGAUCGGAACUGCUAUUUUCGAACCAUUCUCGUCCAAGUUUGGUCACUUGGCGACGUUCUGUACAUGUGGUGGAUUGAUGAUGAUAGGGUUCUGUUUGUCGUUCAUUGUCCCGGAAGGAAAGGGUGUCGAUAUCGAAGACGUUGAUGUCCUCGACGGGUAUGAGAGGUUCGAAGAUGACACUUCCAAAAGUGUCGAGAAAUAA